UCACUGGUGUGUGUUUGUGUGUAAUGAUGUGGCAGUGUGUACUUUGAGACAGGAAACAGAAGCAGCUUUUGAUCAGCUGUGAUUUAAACAGUGGGCUGUUGUGAUUUAGUGGAGGCUGAUGAAGUUCAGAGAGCUUAUUAUUGCAAUUUUGUCUUUUCAAUCAGUGGAGAAGAAGCUCAGCGGCAGAGCAAUGCUCCAAAAUGUAAUAGGAAGCCCUCCCUGGACAAUAGAGACCUAAAAUCAGAGACACUCAAAGCAGGAUAAGAAACAAUAAAUGAACAGGAGUGUCUCUGUGUCUCUCUAGUGUGAGCAGUUAGCUUUAGCACUAAGCUAAUUAUGGAUUCCAGAGGGCACGGUUGGUACGGACCUGGCCAACAGUACCACCCCUCAGGCCACACCCCACGCCACAGAGACAGACAUGACCCCUACACGCCUCCUUACCCCGGACAAGGCCAUUACCCUCCUGCAGACCCCAGAGAGAGAGAGCGAGAGAAACAGUGGUACCCUCCGGACCCACGGUACCGGCAGUUUUUGACCAGUCCUCUACCGAGGCCUGAGUUUAUCCCUGGGUAUACCAGCACUCCACAGCCCAGCCACGGCUACGGACCGAACCAUGCUCGCCCACUUUCAAGACAGUCAUAUGACUAUCCUCCUCAGAGCUACUGGGACUACAGGGAUGACUAUGGAUAUUAUGAUCACAGCUAUUACAGAGGCCACUAUGGAUACCCAGAUGCGAGUGGAUGGCCAGGGCAGGAAGGCUGGAGAUCAGAUGGGCAUCAGGGCAGGGGGCACGAGCAGGAAUGGACAGCAGCUACAUAUACAGACCAGCAGGGGUAUGCUCCCAGAAGAGACAGCGCUCAGUAUGAUGGGGGCGUGAGGGAACGCAGAGAAAGCAUGGCCAAUGGAAAUGGAGCUGGGGAGGCGUGUGAACCUGGAACCCUGGCCAGUUCUAAAGCGUCCGGCCUGUCGUCCAGCAGCUACGAGCUCAGCCAGUACAUGAACGGGGCGGAGCAGCCUGACGCUGCACCUGCAUUUCGCUCAGAACCUGAGGCUGAGCCAAAAGCGGUCGCUCCGCUGAAGUUCUGCAUUCCUCAUGUUGCAGUGAGCUUUGGGCCUGCAGGGCAGCUGGUCAGGGUCAGUCCGACUCUGCCCUCUCAUGGUGAACCUGCUCAGGUGGAGCUCCACAGUCUGGAGGUUAUAUUGAGUGAUACACGAGAGCAUCAGGAUAUGAGAGAUUUCCCUGGACCGUUGGCAAGGGAGGAUUUGCAUAAGGUGGAUGUCAUCAACUUCGCCCUUCAGAUGGCUGAUGAGUGUCUGAAGGAUAAAACUCUGGCAGAUGCAGCCACUGCUGCCCUUCUGUGGCAGGUGUUGGUAUUGCUGUGCAGACAGAAUGGGAGAAUCGUGGGUUCUGAUAUAGCGGAGCUGCUGGUGCGAGGCCGGCGGUCUAUAGGAGCGUGUGAGGGGGACAGUGAGCAGACUGAUGUCGGGAGUCUGAUUGAUCUGAGUGGAUCUCCGACUCCAGAGACGGACAGCCUGAACACUGCAGACCUGCUGACCGGAAACCCUCUCACUGAGGAACAAGCCUCUGAACAAAACCUCCAAAACUACACCAGACUCCUGCUCGCCGGCAGGAAAAAGGAGGCUUUGGAGUCGGCCAUGAAGAGUGGACUUUGGGGCCAUGCCCUGUUUCUGGCCAGUAAGAUGGACAGCAGGGCCUACACCACUGUACUGACCAGGUUUACAGGCAGCCUGGCUCCUAGUGAUCCACUGCAAACCCUGUUCCAGUUGCUUUCUGGACGGAUUCCAGCUGCUUCCACAUGUUACAGCAGGGAGAAGUGGGGAGACUGGAGGCCGCAUCUUGCUGUGAUGCUCUCUAAUGAGACUGGAGACUCUGCUAUGCACUGCAAGUCCAUCAUCACCAUGGGUGAUACGUUAGCGUCACGAGGCCUUCUACAUGCUGCUCAUAUCUGCUACCUCACAGCUCAUUCACCCUUUGGCUGGUACUCAAACAAGGCCCAGCGCCUGGUUCUUCUGGGCAGCAGUCAUAGUGCUUCCUUUGCUGAAUUCUGCCGGAAUUCGGUGAUACGCUGCACUGAAGUGUUUGAGUACAGCCAGAGGCUCAGCGAUUCGACUUUCAUCAUCCCCUCAUUUCAAGUGUAUAAGUUCCUGUACGCCUGUCGUCUACUGGACUGUGGUUUGACCUCACAGGCUUUUCAUUAUUGUGAGGUCGUGGCAAAAGCUCUGCUCAGGAUAAAAGAGCCACACACGGUACUGAUGGGAGAGGUUAUCAAGUUAGUGGACAGACUAAAGCACUCAGAAGCUCAGCUCAGUGAGACCGGAGCUGACCUAGACUGGCUGGAGCUGCUGCAACGUCGUCUACACGACAUGCAGAUGGGCUGCAGUACUGGUGUGUAUCCGUCAGCAGCUGAAGACAGCAUUGGGGCUCAUGAGGAAAGCAGAGAAUAUGCAGAUCUUAACCCAGACGAUCUGUCCACUACUGAAGAGAUGAUCCAGGCCAGUCAUCACAAUGCAGUAGAGGAUCAGUUUAAGCAUUCUCAGCCUGCAGCUCAACCACAGCAUUCCUUCUAUCCUUCAGAACAGCAGUCUUACGCCUUCAGUGCUUCAGUAGAGCAGUCUUACCCACCAGCAGCCCAAACAAAUGCUCCUGAAGAGCAGCUUCCCCAGACUUAUGCUCCAGUUCCCAUGUACACCAUGCAGCAUUCUUUGGCCGCAUCUCCAGGCCAGACUCUGGGUAUGCCUGGGCUUCUCACCGUGCCUGCUGACCAGGAUCAUGCUAAUAAUCAUUCUGACCCUUCAUACCACCAAAACGCUGCUGAUCUGAAUCAGGGGAGCCGCAGUAAUACAGGUCUUGAAUUCUCCCCUGAUACAAAUAUGAUGACCACUCCUGAAAAUGGAACUGAUCUUGGGGGUCAGGAAAUGGAUUCACCACCUGAGGAAACCAAGGAAACAACCAGCCAGAAACCAGAAAAGGAGGCCAAGUCAGGAUGGUUCAGUGGAUGGUUCAGGUCUAAACCCAAAGAAACUCCUCAGGAACAGAGCACACCAGAACAGCCAAAGGAAACUAACCUGGAACCUACACCCAUCCCUACUUUUCCACCUCCCAUGCCACCUGUGCCAAUGGCCUCUCCCAACAUGUUGGCAUCACAACCUCCAGCAGCUGGCAUAAAUCCUUUCUCUAGGAGAGCUGGUCAGCAGACAGGUGCCAGUUUGCGUCAAAAUUAUGGAUCAAUGCCACAGGGUCCAUAAUGUAGAUCCACAAAUAAGACUCCCCUCUGGAUGUGGUGAAAAACAUCUGGACUGAAAUAUCUCAGGACUUAACGCCUUAACGUCUGUGGACCCUAGACUCUUCAUUAAUUGAAGUACAUACGCAGUACUGUAAGCCUUAGUGUGUAGGUCCGAGUGUAGGACUGAACGUUUAUGGCUUGGGGGGUGUCCUCCUCUCUCACUGAAGAAGCAGAACAGCUGAGAUGUGGCAGCUGGAGCUGACUGUGGAGAUUUGCGCUGGUACACAAGAAGUACGAUAGGGUCUGGGCAUGGGGGGGGGGGAGAGGGACCUGAUAUGUCACAACAGCCUCAGAUUUGUCCCAUCAGCUACAUUCCUGAUUAUCAUGGACCCCAAAAGAGGUGGGGUGGGGCAGAACGGGAGCUGUGCCAGGCUUCCAUCUUUAAUUACGUUUUUCCAAAAAUAUUUGAAAUUUUUGAGCAGAAAACUGAUAUCCAAAAAUAGGAGUAUUCAUGUUUAUCGCUUAAAAUAAGAUAUCGAUAAACAUUUGAUUUCUGACAUCAAGAGAGGUUCAAAACAAGUCAACCAGUUAAAUGUGUAAUCUUUAAUAUAAUAUCACAUAAAUUACAACAUAUCACAGCUCUGCUGGUUUAAUUUUCACCCAUCAUGCAACAGUAAUCAGAAACAGGCUCCUCCAGCAACCAUACUGCUUCAAAUAUUUUCCAAGUUGAAUCCUGAUAGGCACACACUGUUCUUGGCUGCGAGGGCUGGAACAUGUACAAGUGUGUAAGUUCAUUACGGACACUGCAACGCAAGCAGUAAUAUUUACGUGCUCAGGUUAAGGACAGGCUCCUCCAACAGCCGUCUACAUCCAUACACAGACUGUGUUUUCCUUUUGCAGAUAGAACAGCAUUUAUAGCCAUUUUUUUUUUUGUAGCAUUUUUAACUGUUGCCAGCAAUUAUUGGAUAUUUUCAAAGCAAAUAUUAAGAAUUCCUCUUUAAAUGCUGUUAAAAUUGCUAAAAGUUAAAAAUCAAAGGGAUAAAAGCAAAUAAAAGAAAAGGUUUUUAAUAACCUUCAUGCUACAAAGGGUUACAAUAAUGCCACAAUAAUGGGUGUACUGUAAAAAUAGCUGUACCUACUUAUUAAUAAACAUUGUGUUUGUAGUGUGUGUCAGUUCUAAAGGCACAGUAAUAAAAAUACCCUGUUUAAUUUAAGACUCAGGAAAGUGAAAUAUGAGAAAAUGCAUGGUAUGGGCUCUGCAAUAAGGGGUUGGGUUGUCAGUGUGGUCAAUGGAUUCUGCUGAGUAAGGAAGUUGCCACACUCUCUCCAGUCAGUCUGUCCGUCCAGAAUAAACCUCGCAGACAGAGACACGGACACGGAGACAGCUGUUAUCAAUUGGCACGGCCUAAAAUAAUUUUAAGACGCUCAGCAUGUCAACAUUUCACACUGCUGCUCAGCUAAUGUUGUAGAGCUUUGCGAUCAUGCUGAUAUGCUCAUCCUGCUUUAAUGCAUUCCUUGUUAAUUAGAAAAAUAUUCUAUUUAAUUUUCAAAAAAAUCGUAUACUGUAAAUAUUUGUAUGAAUUUGUAUAAAACUGAUGAAUUUGUACUGUUGAGUUUCGAUUUUUUUUUAUGUUUUGUAAUUUUUUAAUUAUUUAUGUAAUUGAUUAUGUAAUCUUUCACUAUUGUAUACCUGCUUCACGUGCACUUGGACACUUAAAGGAGAACCCAAAUGGACUUUGGGUGUAUUAAAAUGUAUUAAAAAUGAAUAUAUACUUACCUUUGUUGAAUAGCCCACCUCCGCUCUACCGCAGCUUUCUGAGAUCCAGUAUUAUCUGCACUUUGCCCAAACAGGCUUUUAGAACGACUAAUACGGGGCAUGCCUUGGGCCUGCAGAUAAAUCACACCAUUUUUUUCCACCAUUAUCCAGGAUCAAAGUAGCUCCACACUUCAUUGGUAGAAUCCGGAGAGCCCUGACAUUCCAAACAUGGCAUUUAGAACUUUAAAACUGCACAAAAAAACAAUUUAUUAAAAGCCACUGUUUACAUCCCAUAGCAUAGAUAAAUCAAGGCAUGCCCCGUAUCAUCCAUUCUAAAAGCCUGUUUGGGCAAAAUACUGGCUCUCAGAAAGCUGCGGGAGAGUAGAGGUGGGCUUUUCAAUUUAGAUAAGUCCUUUUUAUCACGUUUAAAAACACUCAAAGUCCUUUUUACAUCGGAGAUCUCCUUCCUAGACAGGGAUAAGGUCUAGUCCUAGACUAAAUUUUCAUUUCAAUGGGAAAUCUCCACUCGAAAUACUAUGUAACCUAAGACUAGAAUGAAUCCAUAUCUGGUAAACUGCCCUUUAGGAAUUAAGCCUAGUCCUGUAUUAUAUUAUCCUUUCAAUGGGAAAUUUCCACAAAAAAUGUACAUACAUUUCUACAUAAUUUGUCAGUAUUGUGUUGAUUGUCAGUAUUGAUUGAGAUCGGUCUCCUGGAAAGAGAUUAAGCCUAAUCUUAAACCCUAUAUGGACGGGAUUAUUUUCUCAGGCGGACUGUCUGUGAAAAAUAAUUCAAUAAUUAGUUCUACUCAGUGAUAAAACCGCAUCCUGCGUCCGGACUGCAGUUUAAAAAACAGGAGCACCAGUGAGUUUUUAGGCUUUCUCUGUCACAUGACAUCGCGUUCAGUAGCUCCUCCAUUUCCACUCUCUGUUGUGUUUACGUGGAUCUCUGUGGAAACAAGCAGGAAUUUUAAACAUUUCCUUUUAGUGGGAAAUCUCCAUUUAAAAAGCUGUGUACACCAGUACUAGGCUUAAUCCUUGUCUGGGGAACUGCCCAAAAAUGUACAUUGUCACAGAAUUAUUGGAAUCCAGUAACAGCAUUAUUGGCAACCGAAGCUAAUAAAAGGAAAUGAUUGACUGCA